AUGCUAUCCCGCCAGGACGCCGAACUUCGCCUCCUCGAGACGAUGAGGAGGUGUAUAACGAACAAAGUCAAAUGCGACAAGGAUUACUCUUUGGCGCUAUCAGCCAUCUCCGUCCAGGGGCAGAAGGUGGACAGGUCGGAGGACAUGAUCGGGAGUCUUGUUUCUUCGGCCUGGCGGGGUAUGAUGGAGGAACUCGAGAACGCCGCUAGGCUGGUCAAAACGAACGCCGAAAUCGUCGAAAAGGAAACUCUGGAGAAGCUGAACCUUCUUUGCCAGGAGAAGAGGAAGGCGAAGAAGCAGUACCUUGAGGAGUACACUAGGAUAACCCAGCAGUUUACCAAUAAUGGUCCAGGCUACCUGCUCGUCAUCCGGAGGGAAGGACGACAUAAAUCACUAGGGCCUUCCCUUCCUAAGGGUGCCCAAGCUAUGGAUUACCAAUAG